AAAUCCUUCGCCACAAUACCCACGGUCCUCAUAAGAACGAACAAGUGAUCAAGUCGCACAUGGCUCAGCAGUGCUUCCACAGUGAAUAUUUUGACAGUCUGCUGCAUGCUUGCAAACCUUGCCACCUUCGAUGUUCCAACCCUCCUGUACCCUGUCAGCCUUACUGUAAUCCAAGCAUGACCAGCUCGAUGAAAGGGAUACAUAUUGUUCUCUGGACCUUCUUGGGCUUGACCUUGACUGUUUCUCUGGCACUUUUUACACUCACAUUCUUGCUGAGGAAGAUGAACUCUGAAGCACUGAAGGACAAACUUCAAAACCCAGGAUCCGUUCUGCCGGACAAGGCCAAUUCUGACCUGAUGAAAAGCAGGGCUGAUGAUGUAAGGAUUCCCCCCCGAAGCCUGGAGUAUACGGUGGAAGAAUGCACCUGUGAGGACUGUGCCAAGAGCAACCCGAAGGUUGAUUCUGACCACUUCCCACUUCCAGCCAUGGAGGAGGGUGCAACCAUUCUUGUCACCACGAAAACAAGUGACUAUGGCAAGAAUAUGCCAACUGCUUUGGAAAGUGUCACAGGGAUGGAGAAACCAGUUCAUUCUAGAGAAUAA